CCCACAAUCUCAUGGUUCCUAGUCGGAUUCGUUAACCACUGCGCUACAGUGGGAACUCUGAAAAUGUAUCUUUUUAUUCACAAAGUGAAGUUGCUGUUUUAGAGGCUUGAUUAAGGCCAAGAAGAACAAUUUGGUUUUGCUCUUUGGCCAGCCUCGCCUCCUGGAUUUUUCAUCAUUUUCGUUCCUACUUCUUCAUUUGAUUUGUGCUCUCAUCCUGAAAUGUUUUAGUUUAGGGGCCUUUCUCUGCAAACCCCACCCCCACCCCAAGUUAACUCAUCUCAUCUAAACAAGUCAACUUAGGUUUAAAAUGUCCUUUUCUUCCACCUCACUUUUUGUUUCCCAUCAGCAAACAACACGUCUUGUGAAAUACGGACUCUCCACAUCAAGCUUGAGAUCUGAAUCACAAGGCAGCCCUGCCUGCUAUUUAUUAGCCACAUGACCUUUUACAGGGCACUCAUCAAACACUCAGGGAUUUAGUUUCCUCAGUUGGGGCUCUGGAAGGUGCACUCACUAGGUCAGAGGUCAAAGGUGCGGGCUGAAUUUUUGGUUCUGCCACAUUGUUGCUGUAUAACCGGAGGCAGGCUGCUUGGGCUACGAGCUUAGGAGCUUCAGUUUCUGGAAAAUGGAGAUAAAUAAUCUUCCUUCCAGGGAGGCUGUGAAAGUGAGUUAUGGUGCCACAACUCGGGAUAGGAUCAGAUUCAUCAUUGGACCCCCGGACCUCUCACCCAGGACCCUAAGUACGUACCUUUUGAAGCCUUUAUCUUCACUCCUGACUGAUUGAUCGGGGAUCCAUUGGUGAGUCCGACUCCUGAACCAUUGCUCUGGACAAACGUCCAUGGAAGCUGGGAUUUGAGUCAUAAUCGGUUGUCUAAUUGGAACAUCAGCUUGGAAUCUCAAACAUUACAGGAAGUGAAAAUGAAUUAUAAUGAGUUAACAGAAAUCCCAUAUUUUGGAGAAUCAACCUCUAAUAUUACUCUGCUCUCACUAGUCCAUAAUAUAAUCCCAGAAAUAAAUGCAGAAGUGUUCCAGUUUUACCCUGCUCUUGAGAAUUUAGAUCUCAGCUCAAAUAUAAUAUCAGAAAUCAAGACAUCUUCAUUUCCUCGAAUGCAGCUUAAAUAUCUAAAUUUGAGUAAUAAUAGGAUAACCAUCUUGGAGGCUGGUUGCUUCGAUAACUUGUCAAGUUCCUUACUAGUGGUGAAGUUAAACAGGAACAGAAUUAGCAUGAUUCCACCCAAGAUCUUCAAGCUACCUCACCUCCAGUUCUUGGAACUUAAAAGAAACAGGAUUAAAGUUGUGGAAGGGCUAACGUUCCAAGGGCUUGACUCUUUGAGAUCUUUGAAAAUGCAGCGGAAUGGAAUUAGCAAACUUAAGGACGGAGCGUUUUUUGGCUUGGAUAACAUGGAAGAAUUGGAACUGGAGCAUAAUAACCUUACGGAAGUGAACAAGGGGUGGUUGUAUGGCUUGCGAAUGUUACAGCAGCUCUAUGUAAGCCAGAAUGCUGUUGAAAGAAUCAGCCCUGAUGCAUGGGAGUUCUGCCAAAGACUGUCUGAACUUGACUUGUCCUAUAACCAGUUGACUCGCCUGGAUGAAUCUGCCUUUGUGGGGCUGAGCUUACUGGAGAGAUUGAAUUUAGGGGACAACAGAGUCACUCACAUUGCUGAUGGCGUAUUUAGGUUUCUUUCCAAUCUUCAGACACUAAACUUAAGAAACAAUGAAAUUUCAUGGGCCAUAGAAGAUGCUAGCGAAGCCUUUUCUGGACUCACAAGUCUCACUAAAUUAAUCUUACAAGGAAAUCAGAUUAAAUCAAUUACAAAGAAAGCAUUCAUUGGUCUUGAAUCCCUUGAGCAUCUAGAUUUAAACAACAAUGCUAUAACGUCUAUCCAAGAAAAUGCUUUUUCUCAGACUCGCUUGAAAGAACUGAUUCUGAACACAAGCAGUUUGCUCUGUGACUGCCAUUUGAAGUGGUUGCUUCAAUGGCUGGUUGAUAAUAACUUUCAACAUUCUGUGAAUGUAAGCUGUGCACACCCUGAAUGGCUAGCAGGGCAGAGCAUCCUGAAUGUGGAUCUGAAAGAUUUUGUCUGUGAUGAUUUUCUCAAGCCACAAAUAAGAACUCAUCCUGAAACCACAGUUGCUCUAAGGGGCAUGAACGUGACUCUGACAUGCACUGCAGUGAGCAGCAGUGAUUCAGCCAUGUCUGCUGUGUGGCGCAAAGAUAGUGAAAUCUUGUAUGAUGCUGAUAUUGAGAACUUUGUACGUUAUCAACAGCAAGCUGGAGAAGCUCUGGAAUAUACUAGUGUCUUACAUCUUUUCAAUGUGAAUUUCACAGAUGAAGGAAAAUAUCAGUGCAUCGUUACUAAUCACUUUGGUUCUAACUAUUCUCAGAAAGCCAAACUGACUGUGAAUGAGAUGCCAUCUUUUCUGAAAACGCCAAUGGAUCUAACUAUUCGCACUGGAGCCAUGGCCAGAUUAGAAUGUGCUGCCGAGGGCCACCCUGCGCCUCAGAUCUCCUGGCAGAAAGAUGGUGGUACUGACUUUCCUGCAGCUCGGGAAAGACGCAUGCAUGUCAUGCCUGAGGAUGAUGUCUUCUUCAUUGCAAACGUGAAAAUAGAAGACAUGGGCAUCUAUAGCUGCAUGGCACAGAAUAUAGCAGGGGGUCUCUCAGCAAAUGCCUCGCUAACAGUGUUAGAGACACCUUCAUUUAUUAGACCUCUGGAGGACAAGACAGUGACCCGAGGUGAGACUGCGGUCUUACAGUGCAUAGCUGGAGGGAGUCCUGCCCCUCGCCUCAACUGGACCAAAGAUGACGGACCACUGCUGGUGACAGAACGGCACUUCUUUGCUGCAGCCAACCAGCUCCUCAUCAUUGUCGAUGCUGGGCUAGAAGACGCUGGGAAAUAUACCUGCAUUAUGUCCAACACCCUUGGGACAGAACGUGGUCACAUUUACCUAAAUGUCAUUUCAUCCUCCAAUUGUGACUCUUCCCAGGGUAGCAUUGGGCAUGAAGAUGAUGGCUGGACCACAGUUGGCAUUGUCAUCAUUGUUGUGGUCUGCUGUGUUGUGGGCACCUCUUUGAUCUGGGUCAUUGUUAUUUACCACAUGAGGAGGAAAAAUGAAGACUAUAGUAUCACAAACACAGAGGAGCUCAAUCUGCCUGCAGACAUUCCCAGCUACUUGUCUUCCCAGGGAACACUGUCUGAGCCACAGGAAGGCUACAGCAACUCGGAGGCAGGCAGUCACCAGCAGCUUAUGCCUCCUGCCAAUGGAUAUUUACACAAAGGCGCUGAUGGUGGCACCGGUACCCGGGUUAUCUGCUCAGAUUGUUAUGACAAUGCUAACAUCUACUCCCGGACCCGAGAAUACUGUCCGUACACCUACGUUGCUGAAGAGGAUGUUCUAGAGCAGACGCUCUCCAGCCUCAUGGUCCAGAUGCCCAAAGAGACAUAUUUGGCACAUCCUCCCCAAGAGGCCACUACCCUGGAGAGCCUGGUAUCAUCAGCAGACAGAGGGAUGUCUGCCUUUCCCAGCAACCAUGAGAGGAUAAAUGAGAAGAAACUUCCCUCCACACAGAUGAGCAGUGAAACCUUGCAGCGGCCUCUGUGGAACAUAAGCAAAGAUCUAGGUAUGCCUCGUGCUCCAUUCUCCCAGCAGCCAGCCCUUGAGUCACCACAACUCCAUCAGAACGAGGGUCUGGCAGAGACUGAUCCAGACUGUUCCGCGUCCCCCAUGCCCUCCCGCAGGUUACUCGACCAUGCUUUCGAUUUUAGUAGGACUCGGAACAUUCAAGAUGGCAGUGAGGGCACAUGAAACUCACUCCAGGAUGAAAUCUGGGCAAAGACUCAAAGUAGUUAAUUUUGUAUUUACUACCUCAGCAUUCAGAAGAAACCCCAAAGUCGGCGUUUGCUUUACUCUGUCUACAGGUACAUCAGACCACGCCAGGGUGGGCCAGGCAUUUGUUUGGGCUUCUGCUUGAUGAAGAAAGGGUACUGGCUGUCAGAAAUGGCACAUCUAAUACAAAAUGUGCAAGACGGCAGAGGAAGAUAGAGGAAAGACGUGCCCUCUGAUGGCUCUACUGGGCUGUGCCCAGGUGCCCAUUGCCUGUUAGGAAGGGUCUCUCUCCUCGCAGCUUAGCAUCCUGGAUUGUCCCAAUCCCCAGAGUGAUCCUGAGCAAACAUCGCUGUUCUGUUUGGCCUUCCAGGGAACAGGAAUAAUUUUGGAGUCCUCUGGGAAGUGUGCCUGGGAUUCUGCAGUGUUUUUAAGCAUAUAGUUGAGAGUGGGGCUUUGAUAUUCAAGGUCUUCAAGAGGAAUCUCAGACCUGACCAACUAUUACCAGGUCAAGGGUUUUAUAUUCUUGUGACUCUCCCCCCCACCCCACCCUUUUUUUUUUUUUAAUGUCCCUGUUGCCCAGGGAUCUCUUUGUAAAUAUAUGUGUAUUUAUAAAUAAUUUUUGUAUUCAUUGAUCAUAAUAUGUUGGCUGCAAUGUAAAUAUUUUUGAUAUGCCAAAAUUAUAUAUACUAUCCAGUUAAAAUAUUGACAGCAGCUUCUCAGACCACAGAUUUUGUACAACUUGGUUUAGUGACUCUAAAGACUUUGUUUAAAGUUUUAAAUACAUAUUUGUUAAGAAGUAUAUGUACAGAGGCAGGAUACCUAGUGAUUGAGUACACGCAAACACAGUCUUGGUGUAAUUAACCACUUUCUUCAUUAGAUUCAUGUAUCUAUAAUCAUUUGUCAUCUGUUUACAAGUGCCAGGUAGUAUAAUCUUUCAAGCAUAAAAAGGCUCUUUCAACAAAUUGCAGUCUUUUCAUUGCCAUGUGCACACAGAUAAAGGGAAAACUUGUUUUGGGAAUAUGUCUCAGCAAAGUACUUAGUUAAAGAGGAAACCAAAGACUGCCUUUUCCUCUGUGUGUGUGCGUGUGCGUGUGUGUGUGUGUGUCUGUGUGUCUGUGUAUUUUUUUUUUUUUUUUUUUUUGGUCUUUUGGCCAUUUCUUGGGCCGCUCCCACAGCAUAUGGAGGUUCCCAGACUAGGGGUCAAAUCAGAGCUGUAGCCACCAGCCUACGCCAGAGUCACAGCAACUUGGGAUCCGAGCCGCAUCUGCAACCUACACCGCAGCCCACGGCAACGCCGGAUCCUUAACCCACUGAGCAAGGCCAGGGAUCGAACCCGCAACCUCACGGUUCCCAAUCGGAUUCGUUACCCACUGAGCCACGACGGGAUCUCCUCUUUUUUAAAAAAAUAAUAUCUCCUCUACUAAUGCACAGUCUUAAGAAGGAAGACUGCUUUUGAGAGUAUAAGAACGUGCAGAAAUUCUUAUACCAUAAAGCUUUAGAAUGGUCCUUGUUUUGUAUUAGUGAUUAUUUAAGCCAAAAAGUUUUCUUGAAUUUCUGAUAGCAGAAAGCUUUAUGUAGACAAAAGACUUAGUACGCUAAUAGAAUGUAAUGGACUACAGCUCUUCUUUUUUUUCUGCUUUCAGAAAGGCUGCAGAUCCUGUCUUGUAAAUUUAGUGAGGACUAGUUAUGUAUUAGAUGACUUCAGUCACUUAAAUGAAAAUACCUAUUUCUGAGUCAUUGUGCAUUUCAAGGGUUUUAAACUCAUGUAAUUUCUCAGCUCUUUGCCAGAAGUUUAGCUGAAUUUCAUACUAGUUUUUAAUCCUAAAUUUUUCUCCCAUAGGCAGCAGCACUUUUCCAGCUGUUUGAUACCUCCAUGCCUUUCUCUUUUUCCUUGUUAAAUUCUCAGCCUCUGUCCAUUUUUACUGUGCACUUCUCAAACAUCACUAUUUCCUUCUCCCUUCAAUUUGUGAUCCUUCCUAUUUACUAGGUUGUAGUAUAACUUGUACCAGGCUGACUUAGAAAUCAAGCAGCCUGAUUUAGUUGCUGGCUCUGCUGCCUACUAGGUGUGUAAUCAAGGGCAAGUCCCUUUACUUCUCAGCCUGACUUUCUCAUUUAUGAAAUGAGGGUGUUUUAGUAGAUGUGCUAAAGCUCUUUCCAGCUAUAACAUUCUCUGAAUCUGUGAUCCCUCCAGGAAUCAAGGAGGAUUAUCCACUGUAAUAAAAAGCUGCUUUCAUGAAAUAUUUGUUCAAGUAGAACAGGAAUGAUGCUGCUUACUCUGACUUGAGCCAGAUUUAUUUCCUCUAUAGCAGGCGUAAUGCUGUAAGAAAUACUCAUGAGGAGAAAUAUUCAGCUUCUGAUACAGUAUCGACUGAGAACCGCCCUUUGCUUUCUAGAGUAGGUCUGAAUACUGGUGUUACAGCAUCAGGUGAGAGGUGUACCACAACGAAUAUGAACUAGUUUGUGACUCACUUACUUCUCUAAUGUAUUCGAGGUUAUCCUUGUAGUUCUCUUACUCAUGUUCUGGAGGACUUCAGUGAAAAAGAGUUAGAGCUAGCCUGCAGGUGAGCAUCAGCUGUCCCCUGGGAGAAGAUAGAAAACAAGCUGCAAACCAGUGCUCCAGAAAAGUGCUGGGAGUUCCUGCUGUGGCCCAGUGGUAGCAAACUGGAUUGGGAUCCCUGAGGACUCGGGUUCGAUCCCUGGCCUUGCUGAGUGGGUCAGGGAUCCAGUGUCAUCACCAGCUGUGGUGUAGGUCUCAGACGAGGCUCAGAUCCUGCUUUGCUAUGGCUGUAGCAUAGGCUGGCAGCUACAGCUCUGAUUUGACCCCUAGCCUGGGAACUUCCAUGUAUGCCUCGGGUGUGGCCCUAAAAAGACCAAAAAAAAAAAAAAAAGAGUGCUGCCUCUGCUUUUAGCAAUGGUCCUUCUGCUGCCAGUGGUGUCUUUCUGGCCUCCUGGUCUCCUGAAUGGCCAGGUUCUCUAUUACGUCAACUCAGAUAGUUAAGGUGUCCUCCCAGAUAUUGCUAGCUUGCUAAGUAACUAAAAAAUGUCAGGAAUUUAUUUAAGUGUGGGUAGCCUACCCCAGUUUUAAGACAUAAUAAAUGUAGUAAGUUCUCAUCCUAGGAGAUGGAAUUCCUGAAAAUUUUCAUUAUUGCCUAUGUUUUUGACCAAGCAGGUGCUCUGCUAUAGACAGAAUUGUGGCUCGUCAGUGUUUUUUCCCAGCAGUGUAGUGUCGGCCUGCCUCCAAUUUAAUCAGAAAUGUUGCGAAAGCAAAGGCGAACUAAAUGCGGAGAGAAGUAAUCUCUGCCCCCCACCCAGUUACCACUUCUUAUCAUUAGGGACACAUUAAUUCUCUUGAUUUGUGUGUGCCCCUUCUUAGACCGAUUCUGGAAGUCUGCCUGGAAGAAGUGACAUUUUCCUUGUACUCUAAGCCCUGCUGCCACCAAGUCUAUGCCUAACCCAUUGGCUUUCUGUCCCUCAGCAGCCUCAAGGUGCUUUCCCUAGUGUGCAAGUUACUCUGUAGAACAGGAAAUAUCAGAAACCCAGCAGACGUGCCACUCCCUCUAAAGUACCAUCUUAGAAUGCUUUAAAUGUGUAUGAACAGUUGCCUUCACAUUGUCCAUUGGGAGGUUGGAAAAGAACAAACUGUCAAGCAACUUAGACUCUACUAUUCAUUUUCCCAAGAAAAGGGGGAGAUGAUUAAAGUCUUGAGUUACCUAAAGGGUUGUCAUGUGAAACAAGGCUUAGCUUUGCUCUUUUUAUGCCAGAGGACAAGGGUCAUAUCAGUGGGGCGGAAGUUACAGGAAGGUGCAGUGUACACUUGUCAAUAAUUUCAUGUAAGCCAACACUGACAAUUAUGUUUAUCUUACAAUUGGGGUCUCCAGCCUUUCACGUGAAAAGUGUACACAGGAGGUACCUUAUCAUCUGUUAAUAGUGUUGAAGAAGUUUCUGCAUUGAGGUGGCCUAUGGUCAAGAUGACUUUCAGGUCUCAUUCCGUUUUAUCAUUGGGAAACUCCAGGAGCAACCUGACAGUCUUAAAACUUGGUCCUUCAGAGUCAUUUAUAUACAGUAAGUGUAGAGCACUUAAAAAGUGAUUUUAAGCUAAAAGAUUGUUCUUUGGUUGACAGAAGGAGCCUGUUCUAUGUUAAUGGCUGAAAACAUGCAACUCUGGGCUUAUACUUCUGAGAAAAUCUCUAACUAGUCACUAACCCAAAUGGCGUUACCAUAAUAAAAAAUAUUUUAAGCCUGUGAUGUAUUUUAAGCCUACCUUGUACUCUUUAAUUUUUAUUCCUGUUUCUUUUUAUCUGUGGGACUCCAUUUGGAAUGGGGUCAGAAUUGUGAUAUUCAGUUUUAUACCCAGUAUUUUACUCAAGUGUGUUAAUGGCCUUUUCUAAUCAUUUUAAUACCCACAGAAAUGCCAAAAGGGUAAUGGAGCAACAGAGGUAACUUUGCUGUCAUUUUGUGCUACGUCCUCCAUUUCUGAUUUUGCUUCUAGAGGCAGAUUAGAGAGGUGAUUGUCAAACAGUCGGUCCUUAGAAAAUUGAUCUAAGAUUUUUUGGCUAUCUCUAGGUGAUGUUUCAUUUUUGUGUCACGUGGUCUCUUUCCUGGUUCAGUUUGGCAGAUGUUUUCCCCUUUCUUCUUCGAACUUAAAACUUUGUUUUGAGUUCAGUCUAAGCCAGUAUCAGUUAGCCUUAAUUUUACUUCUUUCUCCUUCCUUUCUUCCCUUCCUUCCUUUCUAUAGCUGCCUAGUUUGUUGACAAAAAGAACAUGUUCUGAAUUAAGAGAGCUGUUGUAAGCUUCUCCUAAGAGAACACCUUCAAACCUGGAAGUUUGGUUGAUAGGGGUGUGUGUGUGUGUGUGGAGGUGUGUGUGUGUGUGCGCGCGUGCGCGCGCACCUGCACUUGGGAAGAGUAAUAUUUGGACCUGCUCCCUCAGGUUCUGUGUUGAGUGUUUCUUAGCAAUCCUGAUCAUCUUUACCAACAGGUGGGGUGAAGGUGAAAAAACAGCUUGAUUUGAGCCUGUUUUCAAAAGUAAGGAGUAAGUGAUCUUUUGUCAGCUGUAACUAUCUUCAGAGAGAAACUGAUCAUCAGGUGGUCAAGUGCUCUUGGAAUAUCUCUUGGCCACUUAAAGUGGCCUCUUGAUCCGCAGAGAGACUCCUCCACCCUCCACUUUCCCCUGGUUCUCCUUUUUUACCCCUAUCAGAGGAUAUCAGUAUGAGCAGCCUUGGUACUAGGUGUACCUGAAGAGAGUUCUAAGCCAAGUUGUUGUUCAGUGUGGCCCUUUCCCAGUGUCUAUUUAUAUUUUCUCACACAUGAGAAUGUAUGUUUUAUAAAGCAUGUGUUUGUCUACUUGUUUAGUGUUAAUAUGUCUUCAAUAAAGCUAAAAAUACAUAUGA